AGCGAAUUUAGCGAGUCGUGCGUGUUCCUACGAAGGAUCAAGCUAGGGUUUAUCGAAUCCUCGCACAAUUUCAACUAAAUCAUCAAUUUCCUGGAAUUAUCUGAUAAACGCGCUCAAUUACUCCAAGAGGUAGAACAAUUACGCAGAGAUUGGAAUGCUAUAAAAGAAGAAUUCAAUCAUCAUUCUUUUUCAAUAUAAUUUCCCAUGUAUAAUAAUCAACCUUCGAUUCCAUCGGCAAGUUAUCAUCAUCAUCAACCAAUGGCGAAUCACCGCAUCCAUGGCAAUGUCCUUGAAGUCAAUGUGAUUUGCUGCUAUAAAUUGAAGGACACGGAAUGGAUUUCAAGGCAAGAUCCUUACGUUUGUGUUGAAUACGGGAAUAACAGAUCUCGAACACGUACAAACACAGAUGGAGGAAAGAACCCUACAUUCCAAGAGAAAUUCGUGUAUGGCAUGAUUGAAGGAUUACGAGAGUUGAAUAUUAUGGUUUGGAAUAGCAACAUCCUCUCACAUGAUGACUUUAUUGGAAGCGGAAAGGUACAAUUAGCUAAAGUUAUUUCUCAUGGAUUUGAUGAUAGCUCUUGGCCAUUACAAUCUAAAAUUGGCAGAUAUGCUGGUGAGGUACGAUUGAUAAUGCAUUAUAACAAUGUCAAUAAUCAUGCAAACAGUUAUGCCACAUAUGCUUCAGGUCCACCACAGGUCCCUAUGUACUCCGCACCACCACCACCACCACCACAUUCUUCCAUGUCUUAUCCACCACCAUAUCUACCUGCCGGAGCUUAUCCUGCACCACCUGCCGCCUACUCGUUUCCACCUAAUUCCGGUGGUUAUCCACCACCAUCCCCAUACCCAUACCCGCCAGAUCCUUAUUCUGCUCGGCCAUAUGGAUAUCCAGGAGGGUAUCCACCACCGUAUUGAGGUGACAGCUGGCAGUUGAUCCCCUGUAUCAUUAUUAUUAUUAUUAUUUUUCCUGGG